CGGAAACUGGCGCAGAACAUGCGGGCCGCUUAUCCCAUGCACACAAGCACAAUGCAGGGUGGAGGGGGUUACUGUGGCUACACUUAUGUGUAACGAGGUAAUUGUAAGCCACGGCAGAGGAAUGAGUCAGCUUCGUGCCAUGAAGGGAACCAUUGGAAGUCAUCUAUGGGUCCGCAGCGCACUGUGAUUGGUGGAAGCUGCCGUGAAUCCGUCCCUCGGGGCUUUCCGUAGGCCCAGGGUCGUCCGAAUCAUCGCCGCCGGGCGGCCCGAAGUUGCUGACUUGCACCUCGUUUCGUCCCUUGCCAAAAUGAUUCUACCACAUUCUCGUGAUGGGGAUAGACGCACGACCUUUAUAUAAGGAGCUCGUUGACAUAUGAGGUCCGGAUUUCGUUUCCCCCACUCUCCACAACAUCGAAACGACCACCGAUAUCAUCAAUCCUGAGUACUAGUACGGGCCCGGAAAUGACUCGCAACCUCAAUGUGUUUCCGGCAUCCCCAUCACGGUCCGUGCGGCAUAAUCUUCCCAGGGGCAAAGCGUGCAUGAGCUGUCGGCGGAGGAAAAUCAAGUGCGAUGGUCGGAAACCCGCAUGUGGGCAGUGCACGCGCUCGUCCGCCUCGGGGAUAGUCUUCGAUGAGUGCGAGUAUCCGCUCGAGGGACGCAGCCGAACGCAGCAGCUGGAGGAGACGGUGAAGAAAUUGCAGAGCCGGAUCGGAGAGCUGGAGCUCGCGGCGGGCGGUGGAACCGGUGGCGUGACUCUGCAUGAGCCGUAUGGGGGUGAGGAUGUCGUUCUUGCGUCGCCAGGUGCCAUAGAAAACGGUGCUGGGACGUGGCAGUGGAGUAUGCCCGCUUCUCCCCGGUCGACGUCGCCGCCAAGUCGUUUGGCAUCGCCCUCAUCUAGCUCUUCUAGUCUCCUUUUUGAGGAUCCGCCCGCCGAUGUCAGCGAACGAUUGGUCGACUCCUUCCUGACACACUUCGUACAAGUCGGAUUCUUCCUGGACCGGGCCGCGUUCCGACACUCUGCCCUCCUCAAUGUCUCGCCCGGUCAUCCCCAGCGUCCGUCGCCUGCACUUCUCAGUACCGUCUACCUCUGGGGGGCGCGUCUCUCACGAAUCUGCGGCGGCGAGACUCACGCAGCGCAUCACGAAGACAGAUUUCUGCGCUGCGCACUGCAGAACAUGCACCAUGACCUCGCCGGGCAGCAUCCACGUCGCGUGAUAUAUGCCAUCCAAGCUGAGGUGUUGCUAUCCCUGUAUUAUUUGACGCUCGGGCGUGCCAUGGAAGGGACUUACCACUCGAGUGCGGCUGUGUCGCUGGCGAUGAGCGCCGGACUGCACCGCAUACAAUCGUCGUCGGAGAACAACAAUGCGACGCCGAACCCUGGCCUCAGGGCGACGCCGCCUCUGCCAGAGCCUGAACGAAUCAAUGCAUUUUGGACGGCGGUAAUAGUUAACAACUAUUGGGUCGUAGCGCACGGGUCUCCGAGCGCGAUUUCCUACACGGACACUCGCGUCGACACACCUUGGCCGCUCGAUCUGGCAGAGUAUCAGAGCGGCGCAAUCGACAAUUUUGGGGGCGGGAACACAAUCGGCAAGUUCCUGGGGGGCGUCAGUGUGGACGGAUUUUCGUCGCUCGCAUUGCAUGCCAAAGCGUCGAUACUGCUUGAGCGUGCGGUGUCGUGUGCAGAUAAAACACAGAGCCAGGCCUUCGAUUCGCUCGAUAUCGUCCUGGAGCAGUUCAUGGACGGCCUCCCCCUCGGUAUCCAGCUUUCAUUCGCCCCGGUUCCCAAACGGUGUCUAGUAGUCAUCCAGACGCUGACACAAGCUGCAAUCAUACGGCUCCACGCACAUCGCAGACAUACAUCCGAAGCUUCGCGACAGAGGUAUAUUGCUGCCGCGCGGGAUGCGGUGCACAUCAUCAAUAACUCCGACUUCUCUGAGUGGCGGAACAUAGAUCCCAUUAUGACGGUCAGUCAUGCAUGCUUCAAGGAGUGGCUUUCGUUUCUUGAUGGGCAGCUGCAGAUUCUGUGGACCACGGUCUGCGAUGUAUUCAUCGGCGAGCUGACUGAAAUGCAAACAUUCACAGCUGUGGGCCGGUUAACGCCGCAGCACCAGGACGUGUGUGUCUAUCUCGACACUGUACUGCGCACAAUGCGCUAUUUCUCGGCUGGCAACCCUCUGCUCGACCAUUCCUUGAACAGGAUAGAGCGAACAUAUCGCAAUCUUGUUGUGUCAUGAUUUUUUGUGCUUUUGUGAAGUAUGGGCUGUAUAAUACUGUAUUGUAUCACGGAUUAAUGCGUGUCGUCUGUGGAAUUCUAGAGAUCGACUUUACUUGCAACAAUAAAAAAAA